AUGUGUGGCGACAAUAUGGAUGUGGCAAUGGUUGAUGUCCCAACAGUUGCUGAUGUCCCAGAUGCAGGCGUUUUGGAAGUCUUAUUGGAAGAGUCCUGGCAAUUUGAGCUGGAGGAACCAAUCUUGUACCUUGCAAAUGUUUGUGCUCAACACUGCACUGUUGGCAACCAGGCUUGGUUCAUAUGCAAUCCCCAGAUUCCAAUGCCUGGAUGUGCCUUGUCAGAUUAUUGGUUCCAAUUUGCACCAGCGCAUUUGCCUGCCAUCCUGCAUGGGAGCCAUGGCUAUGGAAGUCACAGAUCAUUGCCUCUCUGCCCCAGUUGCAGACUCAUCCCAGACCUGCAUAUAGGCUCUGUUAAUGGAUCCCUGGCCCCUACUGGGGCUGCUCCGUUUGGCCUCAUUCCUGGCAGUGACCAAAAGAAUGAUGCUGUUCUGGCCAAUGUGAACCCAAUACGAGAUGGAAGAAAUUUGGCUCUGCUGGUUGUCAGCAUCACAAGAACUUACAGAGUGACCAGUGUGACAACUACUCCAGUCACAUCUAUUGCAAAGUGCUACAGACCCACAACAAUUGCCAUUUGUUCCAAGAGGAAACGGGACAUUCUGGUCAUUUCUGGUCCAGAAGGAGCUGAAGAGGAAAUGGACGCAUAUUUCAAGCAGUUACAACUGCAACCAGGAGAAGCCAUGGAGGUUGUGCCAGUGGACCUUGCUGAUGAACCUGUGGAAUUGUCAAGUUCAGUUGACCUGGUUGGGGAAGUGUCUUCAUCUGUAUAUGACACUCAUGGAUUUGACUUGGAUUUGGCAAAUGUGCGACACAGACGCUUGUUCAGACCUCAGAGCUUUGUUUCUUCCACCACUUUGACAACAACAUCAACUUUCACUUCAACCUUCUGGGGCUCAACAAUUGAAACCAUUGCUUAUCAGUCAAAGGUGGAGCAACAUGAUCACCUGAGUAGGCGUUUCUGCGGGAAGGGGAUGGAGCAAAAUGCUGGCACAGCAUUGCAACAUUCUACAUCAAGUAGCAAGUUUCUGCGGAACAUGUUCAAAGCUGUGGUGACCAACUUGGUUUUCCUCGCAACUUUCGUUGCCGUGAAGGGAAACGAGAAAACUUGGAGGGAUUCUUCUCGUUUCGACGACGCGAAUGCGUGGCAAAAUGGAGUCUUCCCCGAACCCGGAGACACCGUGAUUCUGCCAUCUUGGGAAGCAGUGUUCUGGCCUCAAAACCUAGUCGUGAACGUGGACAUCGUUUUCCCUUCCACGGGUGCAGUUGUGUUGACCCCGGGUUCAUCCCAAGUUUUCUCCCUGGGAUCUCAUCCUUUGACAAGCAGCAGCAAUAAUGACCACAGAGUUCACAACGUCUCAAAAAGAUUUCCCGCGAGGCAAAGACCGGAGCAAACAGAUGACUGGUUUGAUCCUAGGAAUUGGGGUUACGGGUUUGAGUUUGAAGGAGCUGUUGCGGGAUUGAAUCCCGUGCCUGAGGCCAAUAGGGUUCCUUGCACUGGUGACAUGAUCCGGUUUCCUGGGAAUGCCACGUUUCGGGUGAAUGUUUCCGAGGAUGUGAGAGUGGGAGCUGUGAAACUUGGAGCUGGGGAUCUUUUUGGGACAACUGAUAAAUUUUCUGACUACAGGAACACGCCGCUGGGGUUGCUGCAAAUUCAAGGCCCAGGAAAAAUCUCACUGAAAACGUGCCGAGAUCCCGUCAGCCAGCCAGAGUGCACGUGCCAAAACGCUCGCCCUGAAAUUCUGCGAAAAAUAUGCCGUUACGUUCCUUCCUCGGUGUGUGAAGCCUACAGUCAAUAUUGCACGGAUCCCGUGCGACCAGUCGGAAGUUGUUGUCCUGUUUGCGGAUCUAUUGUGACUGGAGCCCUGAGCAUCACUGCAACUCAGAACUGGGACUUGACUCUGGAGAGGAUCGAGAGGAUCCGGAAUGUGGAGCUCGCAAAUGAUGAGCAUUUGAAUGCGUUUUAUGCAGUUACUCACGAUAGAGCUCUUCAACUCGUCGUAGUUCAUUCAGAGGGCGACAUUCUAGCAGCUGAAACCUCAGCUCGUAACAUUGAGACAUUUCUCAGAAUCGAAAGCCUGAUUGAAGCCUCGCAAAUAUUCGCAGCUGAAUUAACCGCGUCUUCGGGAUCCGCGUCUUCAGCUUUGAUCGGCGUUUUCGCAUUUAUUUUCAUCAUUGGGAUCAUCUUCGGAUCCCUCGUGUGCGUCAAGAAAAGACGUUUGUUUCACUUGCCUCCUGUUGUAGAGCACUAUGUUCCUGAUGUAGACCUCGGGGACUGGAUUGCUUCCGUCGAACGCCGAUUUCAUAGUUUGAGGACUCGCGAAUUUGAUACAGGCACAGUUUCUUGGGCCAAACUGAGAGAUGGGGGCGGGUUGUUGGGUGCUGAAGAAUUGCCAGAUGAUUCCGAAAGGGUGGGUGUUAUUGGUGCUGUUGGAGGAAGAGAACCCGUGAGCGUUUCGAAUCCCAUUUUCGAAGCGGGAUUCGUUGAUGUGCCUGUUUCGGAAAAUAUUCCGCCGGAUGCUGAAUCGAGUUUGUCAAAAAAGUCGCCUGUUUCGUUUGAUAAAGCUGCUGGUGACAGCAGCGAGUUCUCACGGUCCUUCGAUUUCAUCGAGGACUGGAGCGUUCAAGUCAACUUGAACCUCGACCUGAAAACAUGUCGCCCAGGGAUUGCCCUCUUCCUCAUCGGUACAUUGAUCGUAUCAGUCUUGUUUUUCAUCACCGAUCUGUCGUUCAACGUCGGAUUUCCCCUGAUGAGUGAAAAACCCGAGUCUUUCCUCCCUUGGCUACUUUCUUCUACAAAGACAACAAAGCAAAAGCCUGAACCCGAAGCUGCAAAAAAUAGCGGAGGAGUUUCCGAAGAUUUUCUCAGUUUACGGAGAAUUUCCAACGACGUGUCUGUUGCUUGUCGACACUUUGAAAUCCCAGUUUGGCCGAAAAACAGAGAAUGGCAUCGACGUGAAACCAUGGAAAGAUUUUUCGAUUGUAAAAAUAACGCCUCUCAUCAGCCGUGGGUCGUGAUGGAAAAAGGAGGAGUGGCCCGUAUCCUGCAGCCUGGAAAUGUUGCUUGCAAUUUUACAGAGAUCGUUUUUGAAACAGAUUAUGAAUUUCUCAAUACGUCUUCUGAAAGCCCGUCGGAAUACUACGAACUCGUUCAUAGUGACACGGUGAAAGUCCAGUGCAAAAAUACCAACAAUGACACUUGGUCAGAUGUUUUGCUCGGGGUGCGGAAGAACGAACGAACUUCUGAGAUUCCAGAAGAAUUGAAAAUGACCAGCAACCAUUCCCCAGUCAAGAACGUAAUCGUUUGGAUGUUUGACGCCAUUUCACGAAACGCCUUCACCCGAAAUUUACCAAAAACGUGGGCAUUCAUGGAAAAAGAAGCAAACGGCGUGCUUUUCAAGGGAUUCAAUGUCCACGGAUUCAACAGCAUGCCGAAUAUAAUUCCGUUUUGGACAGGAAAGUUACUGAGCGAAUGGCUUCCCAAACAUGGAGAGACAGAAGUUGAAAACUUGCACGAGCGGCUAGUGAUUCUUGACAAAUUCGGAAAAGCCGGCUUCGUCACUGCUUAUUACGAAGAUUCGCAGUACAACAGUGGCUACGAUUCAUACCUGAUCAAAGAUGCUGGGCUUCGAGGAUUCAAAAAGCCCCCGGCUCAUUAUUAUUCCCGAGUUUUCAUGAAAUCCAGGUACAAAUUAAAAAAGGACCCAGGACCUCUGUGCAUCGGGAACAAGUCUUCAAACAUGGUACCCAGUCAGCUGCCAGUUGGUCAAACCAUGGUCACAUCACACAAGCCAGCUGGUAAAUGCUGGUUGGUCCAACCACCAGCCAGGGCAGUCCUUGGUCUUGCCAAUCCCCAGCCCACUGAACUGUGGUAUGGUCACCCAAUCCUUAGGGUGUUGGGCACCAAAGCAAGAGGUCACCCUAUUGCUGUGGUGACCCAAAACACCAAGAAUUGGGUGACCAUACCACAGUUUGGUGGGCUGGGGAUUGGCAAGACCAAGGACUGCCCUGGCUGGUGGUUGGACCAACCAGCAUUUACCAGUUGGCUUCAUGCCCAAGAUUACAUCAAAGAGCUUUGGGAACUGCACGAAAACGAGAGGAAAUUCUUCUUCAUCAACCAAGUUUCCUAUACACACGACUCGUUGACUGAUGUUAGGAUGAUCGACGAGGAAGUCAGAGAUUUUCUCAAACACUGGCUGAGCUCGAUUCGCAAUGACACCUUAGUGAUAGUCAUGUCCGACCACGGAAAUCACUUGUUCAAGGCCAUUAAUCUCAGGACAGUUGAGGGAUACUUUGAGCAGAAAAUGCCAUUGGUUUACUUCAUGCCUCCAUUUUGGAUGAACUCCGUUUACCCCGACAAAAUGUCCGCCCUCAAGACAAAUGCUGCGGCUCGACUCACCACGCACAUGGAUUUGCACGAGACGUUUUUGCACCUGCUGAAUUUCAGCGAGGAAAGAAAGCCGGCAAAGUUUGGUCAAAGUCUAUUUGCGGAAAUUCCGAAAUCCAGGACGUGUUCUGAUGUAGGCAUCCAGCCAGGGUUUUGUGCGUGCAAUUCACCAAAACCUAUUGAUGUUCAAGUCUCUGAGGUCAAGAAAUGGGGAGAAAUGGUGUUUGAAAUGAUCAAUCAAAAAUUGCACAAAGCUCUGCUUCAAUUGCCAAAAAUAAGCAGGAAAAGUGAAAAUUCGACGGAAAAUUCAACAGCAGACUUCUUAGCCCCAACUGAUGUCUGCAUCGAAUGGUCACUGGUAGAAGUGAAUCAGGCUUGGCUCAUUACAAAAGGG